AUGAUGUGCGAUGUGAUGCCGACGAUUAGUGAAGACUCGGUGGAAAUGCCACACAACUCCGAUGAACAUCACAAUGCAAACAUUGAAGAGUUGAUGGUGAACAUGUUACAAGAUCGGGACAAACUACAAGAACAACUUGAGCAGUACAAAGGACAGAUCGACGAGAUGCAGGCUCGAACACGAGAGGUUGAAAGAGAACGAGACUCGUUGAGGCGACAAUUCGAGGUUCACACCCAACACUUGCCAUCGGAACUCCAACAAAUGACUCGAGAACUUGUGCAAACGAGAGAGCAACUGCUCGAAAAAGACGAGGAAAUCGUCGAGUUGAAAGCCGAGCGAAAUAACACGAGACUUUUGCUAGAACACCUUGAGUGCCUCGUUUCAAGACAUGAACGAUCCCUUCGGCAAACGGUCACCAAAAGGCACACCCAAUCGCCGGCCGGUGUCUCUUCGGAGGUUGAAGUGUUGAAAGCGCUGAAAAGUCUAUUUGAACACCACAAAGCGCUGGAUGAAAAGGUUCGAGACCGUUUAAAAGUUGCGAUGGAACGAGUGGCCUGUUUGGAAGAGGAGUUGAGCGCGAAAAGCGAUGAGAACACGACGUUGCGAUCGCAUUUUGCGAGAACACAAGCCGAAUUGGCUGAAGCACAGUCACAAGCCCGUGCGCAGGGAAUCAAAGCCAGUGAGGCGAUGAAUGGGGAGACAGCGGCGAGAAUCGUUGAACUCACGGAGACAUUGGAAAAGCUGAAGAUGGAGUUGGCGAAUGCUUUGAAACAAGUGAAUGAAUUGAAUUCAAGAAAUUCCGCGCUUGAAGCCCAACUCUCGAAUUCCCAAAAGGAUAUUCACACAUCAUCUGAAAUGAGCUCAAGAUUGUCGAAUCAACUUCAAGAGUUGGAAGCUCAACGAAACGAGCAAGAGGCUCGAAUACAAACGCUUGAACAAAGAUAUCUCUCUGCUCAACGAGAGGCCACUUGCAUACGAGAUCUCAAUGACAAGUUGGAGCAUCAAUUGGCCAACAAAGAUGCUGCUGUGCGGCUAAAUGAGGAAAAAGUGCAUUCUUUACAAGAAAGACUCGAGCUCGCCGAGAAGCAAUUGGCUCAAUCACUUCAAAAAGCUGAAAGCUUGCCGUCAGUUGAAGCCGAAUUGCAACAAAGGAUGCAAGCUUUGACUGCAGCUGAAAAGAAGCAACUCUCUGCUGAAGAAAGAGUUUCUCAUUUGGAGCGUCAAAUCGACGAGAAGAACGCUGAAUUGGAGAGAGCUGUGCAAAGAGAGAGAAUGAAUGAAGAACACAAUCAACGAUUGUCAUCCACUGUUGAUAAGCUUCUCUCUGAAUCAAAUGAUCGCCUGCAACUUCAUUUGAAAGAACGAAUGCAAGCGCUGGAUGAGAAGAAUCGUUUAACACAAGAGUUAGAGCACACCAAGAAGCUAUUCGAUCAGGCCGAGAGAACGAAAGAGCGAAUGAAUCGAGAUUGUGAGGCGUUACGACAAGAGAUCGAUGAACUACGGACUCAAUUGUACAACGCCCGAACAGCUCAAUUCCACUCCCGGAUGCACUCAAUUGGAAACAUUCAGCCGGGGCCGGUCCUUCCACCACCGGUCGUGAAUGGAGUCAAUAAUCAAUCACCCGUUCAACAGCAACAAUACCAGGCUUAUCAACAACCACCCCAACCACCACCCUAUGCAAAUAUUGUGCCAAGGAGGCAGCAGAAGGGAAGAACGACUGCUUUACAGGAUGAUCCAAACAAAAUCCAAACGCUGAAUGAGCAAGAAUGGGAUCGGCUACAGCAAGCGCACGUGUUGGCCAACGUUCAACAAGCUUUCUCCUCAUCUCCAUCGUUGGUCGAGCUCGGUCAUCGCUCGGGUUUGCCCACUCCAAUGGGAGGACCGCCCGUGGAUUUCAUUCAAACUCAUCCGGGUGGGCCUACUGAAUCCCAUGUUCUUGCUUCGAUGCUUCAAGAGCGACUUGAUGCUAUCAACUCCGAGAUUCGAAUGAUUCAACAAGAGAAAAACGAGGCUGAGCGAGCCGAGAUGCAACUUGAGGCAAGAGGCGGAUACUAUUACGACGAGCAAAUGGGCAGGAACAGUCCUCGCGGGAGUCCACAACACCAUGAUCUCAUUCAUAAGUACAAUACGUUACCCGCUAAUGCUUCAACAUCUGCAAUGAGAGAUGAGAUGGAUUAUUAUCGACAUCAACCGAUGGAUGACUCGAUGCUAGAUGAUGGAAGAUACGGAAUGAGGAGGAGAGACGAGAUGAGAUUGCACGGAAUCCCACCAAAUCAUAUGCAGAAUCGUUUUGAUGAACCAAUUGAGCGUAUGUCUCCCGCUUCUUCGGUGGCUUCGAGCACCGAAGGGUUAUCGAAGAAAAAGCGCUCGUCAAGUUCUUCUGGCUUGAAAACCCUCGGUCGAUUCUUUGGCAACAAAAAGGGCAAAACCCAAAGUACAACAUAUGGUAGAGAAACGGGUGCUUUCUCUGACUCGGAGGUGUCAUCAGCUGAGCUGGCCGGGAGAUCGAAUGGAGAUUUGGAUCGACGGAAUAAAAAGAAGCAUGAAUUGUUGGAAGAGGCAAUGAAAGCCAGAACGCCAUUCGCUUUGUGGAACGGUCCAACGGUUGUCGCCUGGCUCGAGUUAUGGGUGGCAAUGCCACCAUGGUACGUUGCUGCUUGUCGAGCCAACGUGAAAUCUGGCGCGAUCAUGAGCGCUUUAUCCGAUCAAGAAAUUCAACGAGAGAUCGGCAUCUCCAAUCCAUUACAUCGAUUGAAGUUGAGAUUGGCGAUCCAGGAAAUGGUCUCAUUGACUUCUCCGUCAGCUCCAAGAUCCGCUCGAACAUCGCUGGCAUUCGGUGAUAUGAAUCAUGAAUGGGUUGGAAACGAUUGGCUACCGAGUUUGGGAUUAGCUCAUUAUAGAUCAGCCUUCAUGGAGUGUUUACUGGACGCUCGAAUGUUAGAACAUCUCACAAAAAGAGAUUUGAGAACUCAUCUCAAAAUGCAUGAUUCUUUUCACAAGGCUUCUCUCCAAUACGGGAUUAUGUGCUUGAAAAAGCUCAACUAUGAUAAGAAGACAUUGAUGGAGAGGAGAAGGGCGACGGAGAAUGUUAAUAGAGAUCUACUUGUCUGGUCAAAUGAUCGAGUCGCGCGAUGGGUCGAGGAAAUCGGCCUUGGUGCAUACGCUGGAAAUCUCAAGGAUUCCGGUGUUCACGGCGCUCUAAUCUCGCUGGAUGACACAUUUGAUGCUCAAGCUCUCGCGUUAUCUCUACAAAUGCCUCCACAAGAUCAUGCAGCUCGUCAACUUCUCGAUCGUCAUUUCAAUCAACUCGUUGCCGAUUAUCGACAACAAGGAAUGCCCGCCCAUGCGAGAACGCCGAUCAAAUCCGUUUCGGUGAUGGGCGGGAGAAGAUCGGGUAGUCCUGCUCCAAAAGAUGUACCCCUUUCACCAAGGACACCGACAAAGAAAACAAAGAAA